AUGAGUCUUGGCUUGGGUGUGGUGGUCGCACGUUUGGUGACCGGCAGCUUGAUUUGGUCGGAGCCCGCUGGACCGUGUGGGAGAAACACCCUGAGCUGCAGCUGGGACAAGUCUGGUCCAUACCGGCUCUCCCCCUCCUCCCACUGGCCGCUCCAUACCAGGGCUGCCACUCUGAAAGGCAGCCGCUGUUCUGUCCACGUCUGUCCCGCAUUGGGACCGUUGGAGCGCUCACGUGUGGCGUCCUGGCUCCGGACGCACGAGCGCUCGAGUGCUGCAGUUUAA